AUGGUUGUACUUCAAACUGGUGAUCAUGUAUGGCUGGAAUUCCAUUCAGGCAAAGAGUUUAAUGUGCCCAUUGGGGCCGUGGUGAAGGUAUCUAACUCAGGACGAUUCUUGCUGGAGGAUGAUGAAGGCAAGGAAUACUGGAUCAAAGCUCAAAACAUUAGCACAAUGCGACCAAUGCAUCCGGCCUCCAUCCAAGGAGUGGAAGAUAUGAUACAUCUUGAAGAGAUGAAUGAAGCUGGCAUGAUACACAACCUAUAUAUCCGCUACAAAGAGAACAAAAUCUAUACCUACACAGGCUCUAUUCUUGUAGCCAUCAAUCCAUAUCAAGUGCUGCCGCUGUAUACCAUGGAACAAAUUCAGCUUUACUGCAACAAGAGGAUUGGGGAAGUGCCUCCUCAUGUUUUUGCCAUUGCUGAUAAUUGUUAUUUCAACAUGAUGAGGAAUAAGAAAGAUCAAUGCUCUGUCAUUAGUGGAGAGUCUGGAGCUGGGAAGACUGAAAGCACAAAAUUAAUGCUGCAGUUCUUAGCUGUUAUUAGUGGUCAACAUUCCUGGAUUGAGCAACAGAUUCUAGAAGCCAAUCCCAUUUUGGAAGCAUUUGGUAAUGCUAAAACAAUUCGAAAUGAUAACUCAAGCCGCUUUGGGAAAUACAUUGACAUUCACUUCAACCAAAAUGGUAUAAUAGAAGGAGCUCGAAUAGAACAGUUCCUUCUGGAGAAGUCUCGAGUGUGUCGCCAGGCUCCUGAAGAAAGAAACUAUCACAUAUUUUAUUGCAUGUUAAUGGGGAUGAAUCUGGAACAGAAAAAAAGAUUGAAUCUUGGCACUACUUCAGAGUAUACUUACCUAACUAUGGGCAAAUGUACUUUCUGUGAAGGUCGUAAUGAUGCCACGGAAUAUGCUCAUAUAUGCUCAGCUAUGAAAAUUCUCAUGUUCUCUGAUUCUGAGCAGUGGAACAUAAGCAAAUUUCUGGCAGCCAUUUUGCAUCUAGGAAAUGUAACAUUUGAAGGUGUUGUAUGUGAAAAUUUGGACUGCUCUCAUAUUCUUGAUUCUGUACAUUUUUCCACUGCAACCAAACUACUAGAGGUGGAUUCCAGAGAACUCCACAAGAGCCUUACAAACCAUUCCAUUAUCAUCCGAGGGGAAAGUGUCUCUACACCCCUAAGUGUGACUCAAGCAGCCGAUGUGAGAGAUGCCUUUGUCAAGGGGAUCUAUGGAUUCCUCUUCAUCUGGAUAGUGAAUAAAAUCAAUGAUGCAAUUCGUAAUCCUUCUCCAGAUGAGAAAAAUAUGUGCAAAUCCAUUGGGCUCCUGGAUAUAUUUGGCUUUGAAAACUUUAACACUAACAGUUUUGAGCAGUUUUGCAUCAACUUUGCCAAUGAACAUCUGCAGCAAUUCUUUGUACUCCACAUCUUCAAACUGGAGCAGGAGGAAUACUUAUCUGAGCAAAUCUCCUGGAACCAUAUUGACUUCAAGGAUAACUGUGCCGCUUUGGAAAUCAUUGUACUCAAACCCAUGAACAUUGUUUCACUGAUUGAUGAGGAAAGCAGAUUUCCCAAGGGGACAGACACUACUAUGCUAAACAAAAUCAACUUGCACCAUGGCAGAAGCAAAAUCUACAUUCCUCCAAAGAAUGUCCAUGAUACAAUUUUUGCUAUUAACCAUUUUGCUGGUAUUGUUUAUUACCAGUCAGAAGGUUUCCUUGAAAAAAAUCGUGAUAUGCUUAGCUCAGACAUAAUGCAACUUGUUUAUUCAUCCAAAAACAAAUUCCUCAAAGAAAUCUUUCAGGUGGACACAAGUAUGCAUGUGCUGCCUUUUGGCCGUGGGACCAUUAAGCACCUUGGAAAGGAUUCCUUGAAGGGAUCGGAUUCUGCCAAACGCUUGCCUACACUAGCAGGACAGUUCAAACAGUCUCUGGAGCAGUUGAUGAAAAUCUUGAAUAGCUGUCAGCCUUAUUUUAUCCGCUGCCUUAAACCCAAUGACCAAAAGAAACCCAUGCAAUUUGAUAGAGAACUCUGUAUCCGACAGCUGUACUACUCUGGCAUGAUGGAAACCAUCCGGAUUAGGAAAGCUGGCUAUCCAAUUCGCUAUAGCUUUGCAGAUUUCUUUCACAGAUACAGAGUCCUAUGGCCAGUGUCAGCUGGAGAACAGCUGAAAAAUGAUGUUCGUCAAAGUUGCACUUGUAUCUGUAAGAAAGUAAUGGAAGAUGAAGAUUGGAAAAUUGGCAAAACCAAAGUUUUCCUGAAAGAUUAUCAUGAUACAGUCCUGGAGGUGCAGCGAGACAAGGCACUCAGAGAAAAAGCCAUUCUAAUUCAGAAGGUGUUGAGGGGAUUCAAAGACAGGAAACAGUUUCUGAAGCAGAGACAUAGUGCUGUAGUUAUACAGGCUGCCUGGAGAGGACACUUCGCUCGGAAAAAAUUUAGAAUGCUCGUGUUGGGAUUUGAACGUCUGCAAGCCCUUUUCCGGAGCAAACAGCUUAUGAAGAAGUACGAAGAAGCCCGUGGCAAUGUGAUUAAGUUUCAAGCGUUGUGCAGAGGUUACUUGAUGCGCCAGAAAAUUGCUGAGCAGCUGAAAGCUGCUUGUGUGAUACAGGCUUAUGCCAGGGGAAUGUUUGUUCGUAAGAGUUUGCACAAAAUGAAGAAGAAACGUUUGGUAAUUCCAGGAUCAAAAGAUUAUGCUAAGAAAUUAAAAGUAAAGGAAUCUGAAGAAAAGAAACCUGAAUCACUAUAUGAUGUCAUCAGUGACCAGGAAAUGGUGGACAGAGUAUUUGGUUUCUUGCCUUCUUUCAUUGGGGGGCAAGAAGGCCAAGCUCCUUUGGGCUUUGAGGACCUGGAGAAAAAAACACAGAUGCACAAACUGAAUGAGAUAGACCUGGAUAUGAUCCCCAUAACCAUAGAGCUGGAUGAGGAGUCAGAUGACUUGGCACAAUACACCUUCCCCAAAUUUGCAGCAACUUACUUCCAGGGAUCUGCCACUUAUACACACAUUAGACGUCCCCUGCGCCACCCUUUGCUUUAUCAUGAUGAAAAGGAUGAUAUUUUGGCAUCUCUAGCUGUAUGGACCAUCAUUUUGCAGUUCAUGGGUGAUUUGCCAGAAAGAGUGCAGAAUAUCAAUAGCAAGAGAAGUUCCAAGGAGACCCAGAUUUAUGAGAGCUUUGGCAAGAACAGCAAACCGCAGCCUGUAAGCAGUUAUCAUCCAGACCUAGUAGACAGCAAAAAAGUUAACAAGUUAUCCAAGGUAAUUUCUUCUGUGAAACUGAAGCGCAACUCCAAAAUGGCUGAUAAGAUAAAAAGCCAGUUGAUGGAUGGGGAAGAUAUGUUUCAGGAGGAAUGCUCUGAGUCUGAGAGGCCUAUGUCUAACCUUGAAAAAGUGCAGUUUAUCAUUGGAAAUGCUAUCCUGCGUCCUGCCAUCAGGGAUGAGAUUUAUUGCCAGAUCUGCAAACAACUCACUGAAAAUAACAAUAAAACUAGUUAUCAUAGAGGUUGGAUCUUACUGUCACUCUGCCUUGGUUCUUUCUGCCCUUCAGACCAGUUUGUGAAGUAUCUACUCAAUUUCAUUCGGUGUGGACCAUUAUUGUAUGCACCAUAUUGUUCUGAAAGGUUGAGGCGAACGUAUAUGAAUGGAACACGAUCUGAACCACCUAGCUGGAUGGAGCUGCAGGCAACCAAGAAUAAGAAGCCAAUUACACUUAGUGUAAUCAUGAUGAAUGGCAACAGUACCAAAGUGCUUGCAGAUUCAGCCUCCACUGCAAAGGAGAUCUGCCAGCUGGUAGCUGAUCAAAUGAGCUUGAAAGACACAUUUGGUUUCUCUCUCUACAUUGCAUUGUAUGAUAAGGUCUGGUCACUGGGCAGUGGACGGGAUCACAUCAUGGAUGCCAUUUCUCAGUGUGAACAACAGGAAAAAGAGAAGAGUGGCCAUGGACAGUACACUCCUUGGCGUCUCUACUUCAGAAAAGAGAUCUUCACCCCCUGGCACAACUCCAAAGAAGAUCCCAUCAGCACUGAACUCAUCUAUUAUCAGAUAAUACGUGGCAUCCGGUUUGGAGAAUACUGCUGUGAAAAGGAGGAGGACUUAGUGGAAAUUGGAGCCAAAUACUGUUAUAUCAAGUUUGGAGAAUCCAUCCAAAAUGAGUUGGUUCAAAGUAUUCUCCAAGAAUGUAUCCCAGUAAAGCUACUAAGAUCCAAAUCCCAAGAGAAGUGGGUGAACCUCAUCACAUAUGCUCACGCUAAGGCGGCUUACACACAGGACCAGACUUCCCCACAAUGUGUAAAGGAGCAACUGGUAGACUUUGCCCGUGAUCAGUGGCCUCUGCUCUUUUCUAGAUUCUUUGAAGUUACUAAAUUUUCAGGGCCCAGUCUGCCAAAGAAACAUUUCAUUGUGGCAAUUAAUUGGAAAGGGGUAUGUUUCCUAGAUGACACUGAAAGAAGACUUCUAGAAUUGUCUUUUCCAGAAAUUACUGGCAUCCAUACCAACAGGGGAGUCAAGACAUUUGGGCAAAGCUGCACCCUUAGCACACUGCGUGGUGAAGAGUUUGUCUUAACAUCUGUCAAUAGUGUUGCAAUUGCAGAAUUAAUAGUCAUGUUCCUGGAAGGGCUGAAAAAGCGAUCACUUUAUGCGGUGGCAAUACAAGACAAAAAGCUGCAAGGUGACACUACCAUUUUGGCCUUCAAAAAGGGGGACUUGUUGAUUUUAACCCAAGACAAAAGACUAGGAGAAAAUCAAGGCUGGAUCCCUGCUCAAAAUGAGCGAACCAAUAGUUCUGGGCUUGUGUCAUCAGAGACCAUCUAUAUCAUCCCUACAGUUACAAAGCCUUCCAGUCAAAUAUUGAGCUUGCUCAUGAUGUCACCUGAACAACGGAGGUUAGUAUCUCUAAACUCUCAUGUGGAGGAACCUGAGGAAGAAAAUGCAAAUGUGAAGCCAUAUACUCUGGAAGAAUUCUCCUAUGACCACUUCAGAGUACCUGAGAAGGAGUCAAUCAGCAAGGCUGUUUUACCCAAGUCCCGAGGGCGGAAUCAUCUGUGGGUUCAUUCUAGGGAGCCCCUGAAAAGGCCUUUGCUAAAGAAAGUGUGUUCUAAUCCAGACCUCUUGGACUUUGCUUGCCAGACCUUCAUUGCCAUUAUGAAAUACAUGGGAGAUUAUCCCUCAAAGCAAGAGAGAUCUCCUGUGGAACUUACUGACCAGAUAUUUUUAGUGGCAAUCCAGGAGGAUACUCUGCAAGAUGAGGUCUACUGUCAGAUCUUGAAACAGUUAACAGAAAACCACAAGAGGUAUAGCCUGAACAGUGGUUGGCAGUUACUGUGGCUUUGUACAGGCCUUUUUCCACCUAGUAAAUCAUUGCUGAAACAUGUUCAGAAGUUCAUUGAGACUCGUCUGAAGGAGAACUUGGCAUUGGAAUGCAGACAUAGGAUCCAAAAAGUGAUGAGGAGUGGCUGUCGGAAGUGGGCUCCACACAGUGUAGAAGUGGAUGCAAUUCAGAAUAAUAUCACCAAGAUUUCUCACAAGGUUCAUUUUCCAAAUGAGACAGAGCAGGUUUUUGAUGUAGGAACAAACACAAAAGUAUGGGAUCUAUGUCAGAUGAUUGGCAACAAAAUGGAAUUGAGCUCCUUGGAUGGAUUUAGCCUCUUUAUCAAGAUUUCAGAUAAGGUGAUCAGCCAGAAUGAAGCAGAUUACUUCUUUGACUCCUUGAGACAGGUGACUGACUGGACUCGGAAGAAUAGGCCAGGAAAAGAGGUGUUUUCCACCACUAUGAAUUAUCAGGUAUAUUUCAUGAGAAAGUUGUGGCUGAAUGUGAUACCUGGGAAAGAUUUGAACGCUGAUUGCAUCUUUCAUUAUCAUCAGGAACUGCCGAAGUAUCUGCGAGGCUAUCACAAGUGCUCAAAAGAGGAUGCUAUCCAAUUGGCCGGGCUGAUUUUCAGAGUUCGUUUUAACGGUGAUCGAACACAACAGGCUGCAAUACCUAAAAUACUGAAGGAACUAGUGCCUGAGAACAUGAUUCCAAUACUAUCUCCAGAGGAGUGGAAACGGAAUAUUAUUUCUGCUGUCAACAAACUUGGACAAAAAAGUGUGGAUGAGGCCAAAGUUGCCUUCUUGAAGUUCAUAUAUCGUUGGCCAACAUUUGGUUCAGCUUUCUUUGAAGUGAAGCAAACAUCAGAACCAAAUUUCCCUGACAUAGUAUUGAUUGCUAUCAACAGGCAAGGGAUUUCCAUAAUACAUUCAAAGACUAAGGAGAUCUUAGCUCUUUAUCCCUUCAAUAAAAUUUCUAACUGGAGCAGUGGCAGCACGUAUUUUCACAUGACGAUAGGGAACCUGGUACGAGGAAAUCGAAUUCUUUGUGAGACAUUUCUGGGUUACAAAAUGGAUGACUUGUUGACAUCAUAUGUUCAUUUGCUAAUGAACAUUGUAAACAAACAGAAAAGGCCCAAUAUCCCAGUCUGAAGAUGCAACUAUCAUCAUGCAAAGGUUGUGCCAGAUUUGCAAUAUUUGCUGUCUUGAAAGACAUGGGAUUUGGUUACUUUGCUUUUUUUUUAACCAAAGAGAAGAGAACCAUACAAUUGCUGCUAUACCAGAAAUAAGCGUGGUCUUAGCUGGCUGCAACUUAAUCAUAUCUGGUUUGGCUACAAGUUGUACUAUCAGCAUAUCAAGAUUUUGUACACUACCAUCUUUUUAAUAAUUAUAACCUCCUUCCUUGGAAGUAUUGAUCACAUUCUUACUGUAUUCUAGCCAUCAGCAGUACAGUGCAAAAUGAUGUUUGCUAUUUUUUAGUUAUAAAUAUAUUACAUUGAAAGAAAACAGCAUGCUCAUGAGUUGAAGAUUUCAUUUUUUGAGGACUACCUGAACUUGAUAAAACAUGCCUCUGUGUCAUAUAUGCCUACUAGUCUCCAAAUUAA